AAUCUAGUUGUUUCUCAAUCGUCACUCAAAUCUCACUCAUCUUCUCCAAUCUCCAUUGAUUCCUUCAAGCCAAGCUUCUCCUUCUUGCAUUCUCCUCUUAGACCAAUCUGGUUCUUUCGUAUUUCUUGUGGAUAUGAUCCGUUAAGCUUUGUUUUGGGUCUAGUAGAUCGCUGUGACGUAAUAAAAACCCUAAAUCUCAGAAAAGUCGAGACUGGUUCUCAUGGCUUGUCAAAUUCAAGCUUCACGCGUUUUCCCAGUUCUGGAGAUUGAAAAAGGUCUCUCCUUUAUGAUUAAUGUCUUCCAUAGGAGAAGAAGAGCUUCGUCCAUUACUCUCACUUCAUUCCCUUAUCCAAUGAAAAGUUUUCAGCUAAGAAGACGAAACCGGAAAAUAGCGUUUGCUUUAGACACAGGUUCUUCUAUUCCUGGAGAUAAUGGUGGAGGAGGACAAGAGAUGAAUGGAGACAGAACCGGUCUCGGUAGCACUCGGUUGGGUCGAAUUGCGGUUGCAGGAGGCAAACUGUUACUUGGGAAGAUAAACUCUGCAAGAAAAAACUUCCCAAUGAAGAUAUUUCUGCUGCUUCUUGGUUUCUAUACCGCCAAUGCAUUGGCUACCAUUCUUGGACAGACUGGUGAUUGGGAUGUGCUUGUUGCGGGAAUUGUCGUGGCUGCGAUUGAAGGAAUCGGUAUGCUUAUGUAUAAGAAACCGUCGUCUUCAAUGUUUUCAGGGAAGUUGCAGUCUUUUGUUGUGUUUAUGAAUUUUUGGAAAGCUGGUGUUUGCUUAGGUCUCUUUGUUGAUGCUUUCAAGUUAGGUAGUUAAAGAAAAAUCUUUCUUUUCUUCAACUAUAUGUAUAUAUACAUUUGUUACUACCGUUUUUGGAGAUUCACAAGUAUCAAUUAAAAGUUUCAGUUUUGUUGGAAUA